AUCAAUUCGCGGCGGAUCCGGCCUAGCGCGGCCGCGUGCAAAACCCGCGAAAGUCGAAACCCAAAGUUGCGCACCGCCGCCCUCUUGUCUUGUGCAACUCCUUCCCUUCUUUGUGCUGGUGGCCCGGCCCCACCCCCGCACCCUUUUCUGUUCGACUCCCAUUCCACACCGCCGCCCACAGGAGGAUCCCUCGCCGCCGGCGCAGCGCAGCCGCAUCAAGAAGACGUCGGAGGUCGGGGUGGCGACCACGAGAUGCAGGGGAGGGUGUAGCUCGGGGCACGGAGUCGCGGCACGGCACGGCACGUGAGUUGCACAGAAGAAGACUGGAGGCCGACGAGCUCGACCCCAUGUCCGGCGGCGGCGCAGGCUGCUUCAUCAGGAAGACUCUCCACGCGCAUGGUCUGUACUAGCCACCUACACAGUGAUCUCUGCUUCUAACCCGACCACGCCACGCCAUAGGCUCUAUCUGCAUAGGAGAGAAGUGAACAGUUUCAAGGUGUUCAUAUACUUUUUGGUUGGUUUAAGAAAGAGCCUGGAUUGUAUGGGUAACAUUUUGUGUGACAGCGAUUGAUGUUGGGAACCAAUUCGGUAAUCAGUACAAUGGAGUGCAACAGAGAAGAGGCCUUGAAGGCCAUGAAAAUUGCUGCUAAGAAGUUGGAAAACAGAGACUUUGCUGGUGCUAAAAGGAUUGCCCUUAAAGCACAGAGGAUUUUUCCAGAGGCCGAGAACAUACCCCAGCUGUUGACUGUCUGUGAAGUACAUUGUGCAGCAGAAGCGAAGGUAAAUGGGAUAUUGGACUUCUAUGGAAUUCUCCAAGUAGAAGGGACAGCGGAUGAGAUGGCCAUAAGGAAGCAGUUUUGUAAGCUUGUUCUCUUACUUGACCCUGAUAAAAACAGUUAUCCUAGUGCAGAUUCUGCUUUGAAGUUUGUUGCAGAAGCAUACUCAACAUUGGCUGAUCAAACAAGACGAUAUGUAUAUGAUGUAAAAUGGAGUGUUGCUUUCAAAAUUGCACCAAAGCAGGCUACACGACCGACACAGGCUGCAGAACCAACUCGGGUUACACAACCAAAUCAGGCUACACAACCGAAACAGGCUGCAAAACCAAAGCAGGCUACACAACCUAAUCUGGCCAAGGUAUCAGAACGGGCCGCACAGCCAAAGCAGGCUACACAACCGCUGAAGACUACGGAGCCGAUUAACAAAACUGAUGCAAAUAAAAGUAGCACAGCAAGAAAUGGACCAUCAGGUUCAUCACCCACUGAUGGGUGUACAUUUUGGACCACAUGCAUCCACUGUAAAACAAAAUAUAAGUAUCAUGGCGACAUACUCAAUCUUCAGAUCCGUUGUCAGAACUGCAGGCAAAAAUUCUUUGCGUACAAGAUAAGUACAAAGGAUGUGACUUCUGUAUUCUCAUCAAAAACUGCAAAUAAUGACAGGCAACAGGGUUGUCUUCCCACUCAACAAGGCUGUUCUACAAAUCUCUCUUCUAGAGAGAACAGAGAGACAGGUCCUGUGACGAAUGCAGCACAAUGUGAUGAACAAAUGAAUUCAAAACCAGGUGUUGAAGGUAUUGUUGAUCAUACAGAGACAAGUCAGAAAGGAGUUGAAUUUUCUGCAACAAAUCCUUCUAAAGUAUCUGCACCAAAUGGAAACGAUAGGACAGAUGGAAGGAUGCAAACGGACACCACUGUAUAUUUUGGUGAUGGGAAAAACCUAAGUAGUGGGGUGGAUACAUCAGCAGUGCCAGGUGCUGCAGGAAUCCCUACUCCACAGAGAUGUUUUAGGAGAAAGGCAUGUGUUGAUGCCAACAACACCCUUAACUCUCCAAAGAAAAAGAGUCGGACACUCAAAGAUUGGUCCUCAAAUGCUGCCUGCAAUUCUAAUGAAGUGUCAGAUAAUCAAGAUAAAAGUUGUACCGUCAAUGAAGGCAAUAAAAGAAACAAUAAAAGAACUUGUGAUACACCUGCUGGGAAGCCUUGCAAUGCUGGGAGCUUCACGUACCCUAACUCGGAAUUUUUUGACUUCGGUAAGUGUAGGGAUUUCAAACUGUUUGCAGUUAAUCAGAUAUGGGCACUUUAUGAUGACUUUGAUGCCAUGCCAAGAUAUUAUGCUAGAAUUAGACAUCUUGAUACUACGAACUUCAGAGUUCGGUUCACUUGGCUGGAACACUAUGCAGUGAAUGAUGAUGAAGACAAUUGUGCUUAUAAUGAACUUCCUGUGGCUUGUGGGAACUUUAAGUUAGGAAGCACACAAGAGUCACAACAUCCCCUCAUGUUUUCUCACAUUGUUUCAUGGGCUGAAGGUGGAACAAAGGGUUCUUAUGUAAUACAUCCAAGUAAGGGUGAGGUAUGGGCUCUUUAUAAGGGCUGGAGUAUGCAGUGGAUCUCAGAUGCAGACAAUCAUAGAUCCUAUGAGUAUGAAGUGGUGGAGGUCCUUUCAAACUUUACAAUGGAAGCUGGUGUCACUGUUAUCCCCUUGGUCAGGGUUGAAAGUUUUGUAAGUCUGUUUGCACAAGCAAAGGAUAAAUCAUCAUUUGUUAUACCAUCAAGUGAUCUACUUCGGUUUUCCCACAGUAUCCCAUUUUUCAGAACAGGAAAUGAGAAGGUUGGUGUCCCUAGUGGGUUCCUUGAACUAGAUACCAUAUCGCUUCCUAGUAACUUGGACGUAGCAUUUCCACCAGUUACUCUUGAUUCUUGUGUGCCUGGUUCUUCUGCUCUGCAAGGCUGCUGCUCCCCCAUUAUUUUGGCAUAUCCAAAAACAGUAUUCUACAACUUUGAAGAAGGCCGGUCGAAUACUAAGUUUGAACAAGGCCAGAUAUGGGCUCUUUACAGUGAUUUUGAUAAACUUCCAAAAUACUAUGGCUGGGUUUCACAAGUUGAUCAAGAUCCGUUUGGAGUGCACCUGACUUGGCUGGAAGCAUGCCCUCGAUCAGAACAGGAGAAUCUGUGGUUAGAGCAUGACGUACCUGUGAGCUGUGGGACAUUUAAAAUCCGUUACUGGAGUAUCGAGUAUGACACAAAUGGUGCAUUCUCUCAUGUAGUAGGGAUCCAUUCGAAGCGGCACUUUGAAAUUCACCCACAAGUAGGGGAGAUUUGGGCGAUCUACUGCAAUUGGUCACCUGGCUGGGUUCCUUCCAGCAAGGAUGUCUGUGAAUAUGCCAUUGGCGUGAUAACUGCGCGCACUGAAGCUAGCACGAAAGUCUUGUUUCUGACUCAGGUAGAUGGCUACAGAACUGUAUUCAGACCAGACACUGAGAGGAUUAUCCUGGAGGUGCCAACAAAAGAUGGCUUGCGGUUUUCUCACCGGAUACCUUCUUUCCAACUGACAAAAGAAAAGGGUGGCACGCUCUGUGGCUUCUAUGAGUUGGAUCCUGCUGCUCUUCCUGAUCCCUUCUUCGCUGGGGGUAGUACCGACUGACUCGCGGAGGCUGAAUUUGGCUGUUUUGAUGAAGAAACUAGGACUAAAUUACUAAUCGUCAUUGAAUGGUGAUCAGUUGUAUUGUAUGCUCUUUUGCAUGUUAAUGUGCCGGGCAACUGUGGUUUAGGCUAAGCCUUGCUAUAUAUUCCACUUCGUAGGCCCUUGGCGCCAUUUUGUCAUGUAUGAACUGAGCAUACAAUUUGUAUCUAAUGCUGAUGCCUGUGAAAAUGAAAUUAUACUCACUAUA